AUGACAUACCAUAACGCGCUUUCCUCUGAUAUGGGGUUCUCAAUUUCUAUAUGUUCGUUGAUCCUGGUCUCUGCACUACUGUUGACAAGUGAAAUCAAGGUCGGUGUUGCCGACAAAACGUUCAGCGUUUUGGACUAUGGAGCAGUUGGCAAUGGGAUCACCGAUGACUCCUCGGUAUCAGGAGACAUCAUAGCACCAGAAGAUCCAGAUGCAUGGAAGGGGAAGGAUAAGUGGUUGACUUUCAACAGCACGCUAACUAUCAACAACUGCAAUGACGUAUCUUUGCAACCUGUGUACUUCAAGAACAGUCCUCAGAUGCAUUUAGUUGUUCCUGGAAGCAGCAACGUUUAUCUGCGGUCCUUGGACAUUUACGCGCCAGAAUGGAGCCCCAACACCGACGGAAUCCACAUUGGAGGUUCUCAUGGUGUCGUUGUUCGUGCUUCAUCGAUAGGCACCGGGAGGGCAUCGCUCUCCUCUGAUAGUAUCUGUGUGGGAAGAGGCCAAGUUAGCCAAGUUGAUUUUUCAAAUCUCAACUUCACCGCAGUGGAAAACCCCAUCAUCAUCAAUCAGUACUACUGCAACACUCCAGGCAAUUGUCCCAAGACGGCAUCAAGAAUAAAAUUUGACACGUAUCCUGUUCUUUUAGUUUAUAAUGAAGCAUUAUCUUGCCUCUCACUGUUUCAUGGAUGGUAUCAUGGGAUCAUCGACAAUGUUGUGAAUGAGCAGACUAAUAUGUAA